UCUCAACUGUGGACACCCUGAUCGCUAAUCUAAGAUCUCAUCUACUUCCCAACGGGCGCACAAGCACAGUUCGCCUCCCUCCCCUCACAGCAUCAUCUGUUUUACGGUUCUUAUCCUGCGCAAGUGGGCCUCAAGCUUUCCGUGCUGUGCCGUUUCAUCCAGUCAGACCUGAUUCCAUCGGUGUCUCAUCCAUGGGUGUUCCAGGAACCCUAACGCCCAUGAGCGGCGUCGCUGAAAUCGUCGGCAGUUGAGCCUAACCAUUCUUUCGCCAGUUUGGUACGUCAAGUUCGCUUAUGGCAACUCUUAUUUCAUAAUAUCGUUUUCCCAUUCCAUCGGAAUCCCGCAGAUGUUACGCUGUCGCUGCUGCUGCUGUCACCUCUCGCCUGCUGGCCAGCUCGCAUCACCAUCAUGGCCGUGGAUCGGUCAUUAGAAGUACGAGCAGUAGCUGCUGUCUUCUUUGCAUUGGCGUCUGUGACGACGAUUCUACGAUGCUAUGUCCGCCUGGCAGUUGUCAAGGCGUUUGGGUGGGAUGAUGGAGUUAUGGUUCUGGCAUUGCUCUUCUACGCCAUGUUCUCAGGCUGCAUGAUCGGAGGCAGUCUAUACGGUACAGGGAAACACUUGACCGAGUUAACCAAUCACCAGCGGACGACCGCAAUGGAGUACUGGUUCUACUGCGACAUCGGCUACGCCCUUGCUUCCAUCCUGUGCAAGAUAUCCGUCAGCAUCUUCAUCCUGCGCGUGACCAUCGACCGAACCCACCGGAUAACCGUCUGCCUCGUCGGAGGAAUUGUCGUCAUCGCCGGUCUCAUCUUCUUCAUUAUGGUCCUCGUGCAAUGCCACCCCAUGUCGUACUUCUGGAACCAAUUAUCCACCGCAUACAAAGGUUCCGGAUCUUGCAUGAACAUGCACAUCAUUGUGGGCGGAUUAUACGCCUUUAGCGCCUCCUCUGCGCUUUUCGACCUCACUAUCGCUAUUCUUCCGAUCCUGCUAGUCCGAAAACUCAACAUGAAGCGUGAUGUUAAAUUUGCUGUCGCUGGACUGUUGGGUAUGGCUUGCGUUGCCUCCAUCGCCGUCUUCAUCCGCAUCCCCUACAUCCACACCCUCUACAGCGUCGACUACCUCUGGGCAACAACCCCCAUAGCAAUCUGGUCCAACAUCGAAACUGGCCUGGGCAUCUUCGCCGGUAGCAUGGCAACCCUCCGACCAAUCCUCCGGAAAUUCAAUCCCUCGACCCGUGGCCAUGAAUACACCUCCGAUCCGUGGCCGAGCACCCGCAACAAGCAACGUAACUUCUCCGUCCCGCUCCGCUCCCUCGACACCAGCACUACGCGAACACCACCUUCUGAAUUCGACGAUCGCAUGGCGAUACAAGGCCACGAUGAGCGGUUAUAUGGGACGACGAUGUAUAGUGUUGAGACGGGGGAGAGGGUGGAUGCGGAUGUGGAUGUGGUUGACGGUGGGGAGAGUGGGCAUGGGCAUGGUGGCAGGGUCGAUGAGUAUCCGAUAUUGCCUAAGAAUGGGGCUACGGUUAACGGUGGUGGAAAUGGGAUCGGGAUGAAGUUUCCCGGGAUUAUCAGUGUUAGGAGGGAGGUGUUGGUCACGACUUCUGCUUAGAGAAAUUUUUUUCCUUCUUGUGGUUUUUGUUCUCGUUCUUGGUUUUUGGAUGGGUUGGGUUGGCAUCGG